AUGGCGGACGACUCAAUCUCCAUCUAUGACGAAAUCGAAAUCGAAGACAUGACCUACGACCCCACAUUACAGAUCUACCACUUCCCUUGCCCCUGCGGUGACAGAUUUGAGAUAUCUAUCGGCGAUCUUCGGGAUGGAGAAGAUAUUGCUGUCUGCCCUAGUUGCAGUUUGAUGAUCCGGGUUAUUUUUGAUGCCUCCGAUCUUCCACAAGAGGGCGCACAACAGACGACCGGUUCGGUGGCGGUCCAGGCAUGA